AUGGAAGCCAUAGCUAAGAACUUCAUCAUCUACGUAUCGUCGAUCACAGUAUCUCUAUCCUACUGCUAUUUCGUAUCUUCUAAGAUCCCUAAAGGUAUUUACAGAUUCAUCUCUCUCAUACCUAUCUUCUACAUCUUCACGAUCCUUCCUCUUCGUUGCACAUAUGUCUUCACCACCGCCAUCUGCUUCUCCUUCACUACCUGGCUUAUGAACUUCAAGCUCAUCCGAUUCGCUUUCGAUCUCGAUGAAUCGCCAUAUCGCCGUUCCGAUUCGCUUCUCCGUUUCAUCACCGUCGCUUCUUUACCAGUCAAAACCAAAAGUACAGAUUCCACCUCCGUCAAUACGUCACCAGAGAGAUCUUGGUACAAACUAGGGUUGCAGAAUCUGAUUUUCUCCAUACUUGUAAGUACAGUGAAUAAUUACAGAGAUCGAUUUCAUCCGGAUAUUGUAUUAGUAAUCUACUGUGGCCUACUUUUCCUGAUAAUCGACAUCAUUGCUGGCGUCGGCGCCGCUCUGGUCCUGUUUUUGACCGGAUUAGAGCUCGAACCUUCGUCCAAUGAACCUUACCUCGCUACAUCGCUGCAAAAUUUUUGGGGAAGAUGGAACCUCUUGGUAACAAAAACGCUGCGCUAUACCGUAUACAAACCCGUCAGGUCAGGUUUUUCCGAUAAUAAAUGGGCCCCACACGCCGGCGUAUUAUCGUCGUUUUUCGUUUCAGGAUUAAUGCAUGAGCUGUUCGUUUACCAAUUGUCACGUGAGGAUCCCACGUGGGAGAUGACGUCAUUCUUCGUUAUCCAUGGAAUCUGCGUCGUGGUGGAGAUGAUUAUGAAGAGCAAUCUGGCUGGUGGUCGUUGGCGUUUGCCGAAGUUCCUAGCGACGCUGUUGACCGUGGGGUUUGUGGUGGUCACCGGUUUAUGGCUGUUCUUUCCGCCGUUGAUCAGAACUCAGGUAGACGUGAAAGUCCUUAUGGAGCACGCCUCCUUUGUAGAUUUCAUAAAGACAACUUUAUAUUCAAUGACUCAAAAAUCACAAAUUCAUGUAUGA